UGGCGUUAUGAUUGAAAGGCCAGUAGAAGAACGACUUUGUGGCUGUCUCUUCAAAGUGACUCCCCCGUCCAGUUAGACACGGCAUGAAUUUACCUUUACGGGAAACGCACACACCAAGCAAAGCCCAAUGAAGCAUAGCGGUGAACGUUUCGUGUGCUUUGUGGGGGGUCAUGAUUUUAUAAUCACCACAUAAAAACCCACGGUAGGCUUUGCUACUCGGUGCACUCUCCAGUCUGCAGAUCGAAAGGAUGGCAAGAGAGCUAGAGACCCAUCCUAUCCAGGUCGUGGGUGAUGAGACCGAGAAUGACGCCGACGAAGGCUUCUUCGUAACUUCGGACAUCCCCAAAAGCCAGCUGGAAAGGCUCAAAACGAGCCAAGAAUGGAAUAUAUUAACCCAAAUGGGUCAUUGUACCAAGACUUUGUCUAUGUCCGGGUGCAAUGUCUGUGAGGUCCCAUCGCAGCUACUGUCACUGACUCAACUGACCAGAUUGUACCUGACCUACAACAACCUGAAGGACCUGCCCCCGGCUUUUGGGAAGUUGGUGAAUCUACAGAUCCUGAAUCUUGGCUUCAACAUUUUUGUCGAGAUUCCGACCGUCAUCUUCGGACUGACGAAUCUGCAGGUGUUGUUCCUCAAGAACAAUCGUCUGACAUCGGGUGGAAUAGGUUAUGGCAUUAAAAGUUUGAGCAACCUGGAGGAAUUAUACUUGAGCAACAACGACAUCAACUCUUUCCCCGAGUCACUCUGCGGGAUGUCGACAAUACAAAUGUUGAUACUUGACGACAACGCUAUCACCUCAAUCCCAGAGUCCAUACCAGGCAUGACGAAUUUGAAAGUGUUGAAGAUGCGCUCGAACCGUCUGAAAGCGAUUCCGAUGGCGUUCACCAAGAUGAGGUCCUUGGAAAUUGCCUGCUUUUCUCAAAACAUGAUCGAGUCUUUCCCGUUCGAUCAGGUCAACGACAUGCCAUCUCUACGGGACCUAUGUGUGUACGCUAACAGGCUCCGGGAUAGGGAUGCCCUGUUAAGAUGCAUGGGCCGCAUGACUGAGCGAGGAGGUUUGAUCCGUGCUCAAGAGAACCGAGUGGUGUUGAGGAACAUGGGAGGAGUGUGCGACAGCCCUUUCAGAAUCUGGAAGUUUGACAUCCUGUGGUUACACGAUGGGGAAUUAACAGCACAAUGCUGGAUCUCUAACAUGUGUAUGAAGCUGCAAAAUCGCGGGAUGGCAACAAAG